AUGGAUAUGUGCCCAAUAGAUGAUUUCGAUAAAGUUUGUCGUAUUUGUAUGAAAUUCGAUAAAACAUUUCUAUCAAUAGCUUCAUUUAAAAUAAUUGAUAUGAUAAUAGCAUGUACUUCUGUACAGAUUUGGGAAAAUGAUAGUCUACCAAAUCAAAUAUGUCAAGCUUGUUUUCUUCAAUUGCAAAAUACUAUCAAUUUCAAACAAUUAUGUGAAAAUUCAGAUAGUACUUUUCGUCAAAUUAUCCAGCAAAGUAAAAUUAAUUUAUCGGAUAAUCAAAAUCAUUUUGUUAACGUGAAAGAUGAAGAAUUCGAAGAUUACGCUGAUGAUAAUUCUCCAUUAGAUAUCAAAGAAGAAGAAGACAUUCCUGAAAAUGCCACAAAUGAAAAUGCCUUGGAAAAUGAAAAAAUUAGAAUCGAUGAAAAUGAAGAUGCUUCUAAAAAUUCAGAAACAAACAUGUUGGAAAGUAAAAAGAAAGGCAGAUUGAAAUUGAACAAAAUACAAAUACGAACUAAAUCGGAAGAUGGAAGUAGUAGCCAUGAAGAUAUUAAAGAUGACGAAAAAAUGGAAGAAACGUUUACUUGCGAGCAAUGUAAUAAAGAAUUUAAAAAAAUAUGGGUAUUGGGCUUACAUAUGCAUGGUAAGCACAGAGCGAAAGCAUUAAACUGUAGCGAAUGUAAAUUAAAAUUUUACCAUCCAUUACAUUUAAAACAACAUCAGGAAUUAACGCACAAUCCAUUGAAUCUAACUUGUAAAUUAUGUAACAAAGUAUUGUCUGAUAUUUAUUCAUUAAAAGCUCAUAAAUUAAUCCAUUCAAAUCAAAAACUUGUAUCUUGUGAUCGAUGUGACGAAUCAUUCCGAACGAAACCAGAACUGAAGAACCAUAUUAGGAAAGCACAUACACGAAUCGAAAAGAAUAUAACAUGUCAUGUUUGUGGAAAAUCAGUACGGAAAAAACAUCUAUCCGUUCAUAUGUCAAUCCAUAAAGAACGUGAAAAGGUUACAUGCAACAUCUGUUCAAAACAAUUCUUGCAACAGUCAACGUUAGAUCAUCAUAUCAAACAUGUACAUGAGAAUCAAAUACAUAAACGGAAUCAUUUAUGUAAUAUCUGUGGACAUGCAAUGCGUACACCAAAAGAAUUACGUAUACAUUUAUUAAUUCAUACAAACGAGCGACCGUACAAGUGUGAUCGUUGCGAUAAAACGUAUCGACGACAAGAUAAUUUACGGGAUCAUAUCUCACAUGUACAUUUAAAUGAACGUAAAUUUCAAUGUACAUUUUGUUCACAAGCAUUUUUCGAUAAAAAGACUUUAUUGAAUCAUGUACGACGUCAUACGGGGGAAAAACCACAUAAAUGUGGUGUAUGUGGUAAAGCGUUUAUACAAAAAGCUGCUUUGAGAGUUCAUUCGAAAACACAUACAAACGCAAGGGAUAGUGUUCUGCAAGAAAGUAUCUUAAGUUUAGUUUAGAUGGGAUAAAUAUUGGUGAGUCACUUGUGAUGUACAUAUUAAGGAAUUACGGCAUUACAUAACGAGAAAUUACGUACAAGUUGCUUAAAAUUUUCUUGGAAUGUUAAUUGCUCCGGAAAAACAGUGGUGCACUUAAAAGUCUUUUAAAUUUUCUCGAAAUUUCAAACUGAUAUAUCUCGGUGAAAAAUAAUUGAAUCUGAAUGACAUAAAGGGUGGGCAAUUUUAAAGUAU